AUGCGUUUCAUGAAGAACCUAACUUCCCUCGUCGUCGGCGGGCUGCUCGCCACAUCAGCUCUGGGGGAGCUCUCCCAAGUACCUCGUCGAGCUGCUCUGGAUGUCGUCUCACGCCAAGAUGCUUCCCAGCUCGCGGCCAAGCGGGCCGCUAUAAGAAAACGAGACGACGACUGCGUCAAAGCUCUAGAGAAACGGGGAAUGAAGGUGUUGCGUCGUGACCCCGACGACAUCGAUAUGGAUGACGAAGAUUCCGCAGGCGCCGCGAUAACUGGUAGUUACGACGCGGACGACAAAGGCGACGAUAAAUUCGUCGGGCACAUCAGCGCCGGUGAUGAUAAUGGCGUCAUGGACAAGAUCAGCGACAAGGUCAACAAGGCCAAGGGCAAGGGGCUCAAGAACCUCAAGGGCACAGUAAUCAUUCCAGAUCCCAACUCUCUGACGGACGCGAAAAAGUGGUCUCAGCAGGAUAGGGACGAUCAGAACAGCGACGACCAGAGCAUUGUCAACGCCAUGAAUACGCUUACGGGCUCCCAACCGGACGUAAAGUCGCAUGACUAUACCGAGGCCAAGGGCAUAGAGGUCGACGGUCAGGGCGGCGUCAGUGUUACGGAUGACGGUACCCUUGACUCCGACGAUGCUGAAGGCGACGACGACGAUAACUAA